UCGUCCAUUGUUGCUCCACUAUGGCUGGAGCAGGAAUGAGAAUGACCAGCAGGUGGCACUAUUCCUCCUCUUCACCUGGUUGAGCAACAGUUUGUAAAGGAUGAGCCAAAGAUUGACCUGCAUCAGAAGCAAAGGAGUGAACCAGCCGGAGGAGAGACACAGAGUACCGAGGACCAUCACCACCUGCAGGAUGGAUCAGAUUUUUGAUUCAGAAGAGAUGCUAUUUUUGAGUGGACUGAGUGAAACUGUUGGAGAUCCGAGCUCUGAUAAACAGCAGGUACUCCACUGGCCUCUUCAGGACUCAGAGCUGCAGUUUUACAGUCUGACCAGCGGGGGGCAGAACCACUCAUCACACACCCCUGCAGGUACCUCCGUCCAUCCUCUGGUUCCCCUCCUCCUCUACAGCGACAGACACCUCCCCCUCUCUUCUCCGUACAACCAGCCAAUGAGCGAGCCUGUUGCCCCACCUGCUGACCCACCUACCUGUACACGCCCCUGUUACCACAGUAACAGUGUUUCCAGCAGGCAGGCGGUAAAGAAGCCUCUGAACGCCUUCAUGCUCUACAUGAAGGAGACGAGACACCAGGUGCUGCAGGAAGGCUGCGAGAAGGAGAGCUCCGCCAUAAACCGCAUCCUGGGACGCAGGUGGCACGCCCUGUCUCGCUCCGAGCAGUCCAAAUACUACGAGCUGGCCCAGAAGGAGCGGCUGCUCCACAUGCAGCUUUACCCUGGAUGGUCCGCCAGGGACAACUACGGGAAGAGGAAGAGGAAGCAGAACCAGCAGCAGGGGGUCGGAAACUCUUCCAGGUCAGGGUUCAUCUGCAGCCAGCUUUAGUUCAGUAUCAAUCGUUUGAAAGACUUGAAACUCUGAACUCCACAUCUAUAAAACAUACCCAGUACUGUUGUAUAGUAACCAUGAAAUAUGGCACAUUUACACACUGGUUCUGUUUGGUAUUACAAUGAUAUUACAGGGUUCAGAACAUUUUUAUUAUUUCCUGUUGAUGCAGCCAAAUUUGGUCCCAGGUUUGAUGUCCUGUUGUUCACCGAGUCCACCGAGUGUAAAAUCAUGUGAUUAAAUUAAAUGUUUAUUUCCUUCAGAUUCCGUUUUAAUCUGUUGUCUCUACAUUAAAUGUUUUAAAGUUGAUUUGUGCAAUCCAGAAAAGACUCAAAGACUUUUAAAAGCAAUAUUUUUGACCCCCUCCCCCCAAAUAUAUCAUCUCCUAGCUAGUUAUAGCUUCACCACAUGCUCGACUUGGAGCCCUCCAUAGGCUGCUGGCAUGAUUGUGGCUCCAGAUUUGACUGCUUUUCUUCGUAGAGCUAAGAAUUAAAUUUCUUUGCGUAGACACAGUUUUCGUCUAUUGUCCCAGGCUACAGUCAGAAAAGUGGUGGUGACGCACCCUUCCUGUCAUAAAACAUCCCAAUCUUUGUCUGACCUGACUGUCAAUUCUCUCUUUGAGACCUUUGGGUUAUCCACGUGGGCAGCUCUCCAUUUUAGUGAAGCUUGAAGUUGCUGGUUCUGAUCCCUGUUGAUGUUAAACUGGUUUCACUAUGGAGUCUUGAUGCAUCCUCAAUUUAAUUCCAAACAAUUUUAUUAUUCCCAAAGGGAAAUUAAAGGUUGUAACUCAUACUAUCCAGGUUUCUUCAGAGCUGAGACAGAUGGCUGCAGACAGGAUCUCCUGUCAAGGUCUUUAUUACAGCAGGCCUGAAGAAGCCUCUGACUGAAGACACUGUUAUUGUAUGACAGCCUGAUGAAGAGGACGCUCAGGGUUGCUCAUUUUUAAAAACAAUCCUUUCUCUAAUUAUCUUGAGGUUUUAGCUCCGCCCAUCUCUAACUUCUC